AUGAUACAGCCUUCUGUCUAUGACUCCAUUCCAUUCCAAUCCAAUCCAACAUUCUCUUGGAUCACCAUGAGCAGUCCUACCAAAGAUAAAGAUUCUUCCAUUGAUCAACAACAAGGACAAGGACAUGAUCAUGAGGAUGAGGAUGAUGUUAUUAACAAUCCAAUUAUUGGAAUUGGAUCAUCAAUAUCCUCUCCAGAUCCUACCCAUGCAAAUGAGACUACUCAAACACCCACUAAUACUACUGAAAUCCAACCCUCUCAAACACCCCCAUUAUCACCAACACCCCCUUUAAUUACUUCUUCUGCUGGUGUUUCUGAUAUUAGUCAGAUCAAUACUCAUCUUCUUCCUUCUUUGACUCCUCCGGCUGCUACUAGUGUUGCUGGUUCUUCCAGAAGAAAAAGAGGGCGGCCCAGUAAGGAGUCCUCUAGUGGUGGUGAUGGAGAAUCAUCGUCAUCAAUGCCUCAUAAGUUACUGAGCGGUGAUCAUAGUAGCAGUGGUACUGAACAACCGCCGAUUAAGUGUGUUGUAUGUGGGAGAGAAUUUUCGAGCAACAAAGCCUAUUUCGGGCAUUUGAGGAAGCACCCUGAUCGCCAAUGGCGUGGGGCUUAUCCUCCACCAGUGCCAGCGCAGGUGAAGAAAUUGGGUCCGACGCUGUUGGAGUUGGCUAACCAGACAGUUGCUCGAAUGAGUGGGACAUCAGGGCCAACUAGUUAUUAUAGUUCAAGCAGCAGGGGUAGUUUGGAUAUCAAUUUGAAUAAUCCCCCUCCUCCUCCAAGGAGAGAUGAUGAUGGAGCAUUACCUUUUGAUUUGAAUAUGCCUCCUCCCCUGGAGAAUGAAGAACAAGUAGAAGAUCCUGAUGAUCAGCCCAAUAAUUCUACUUCUGAUAUAUUGUAA